AUGACCGUCGCCGAAUCGGUUAAGAGUGCCGUCGGGCUCGCAGAUACCACUGCUUCCCGGCAGGAGAUGUCCGACGCCAAACUCCCCAUCCAGUACCGGGACACUUGUGCACACCUUCUGAUCCCCUUGAACCGGUGCCGGCAGCAAGAGUACUACCUUCCCUGGAAGUGCGAGGAUGAGAGACACAGCUACGAAAAGUGCCAGUACGACGAAUUCAAGAAGCGCGUUGCCAAGAUGGACGAGCUGCGAGCUGCUAAGGAUGGCGCCCGGAGCAACUGA